UUUCCUCUCGCGCCUUUCCCCGUUACGUAAUUUCCGGUACUUUCCGGAAAGAGCUGAGAAAGGAACCAAGUUUGAAAUUGAAUCUGGUAACCUAGUGAGGUUGAGUCUAGAAAUUAACAGGUUAAUUGUUUUGUCGAGAGUCGGUCUAAAACCAGCCGCCAUAGAGCUGAUUUGAGUGGGGGAGCGAAAACAAAGCUGCAGUCAGCGCGGCAGUGAGGCGCUUUCCACCCUCCGCCCCCAUCCCGAUCCCGCAAAUUGCUAAAGCUGGAGGAUGCCUAUCCGUGCUCACUGUACCAUCUGCUCUGACUUCUUUGACAAUGAGAGGGAUGUUGCAGCCAUUCACUGUGGACACACCUUUCACUAUUUCUGCCUCAUCCAGUGGUUUGACACAGCACCAAGUCGAACUUGCCCACAAUGCAGAAUUCAGGUUGGUAAAAGACACAUCAUUAACAAAUUGUUCUUUGAUGUUGCCCUGGAGGAACAGACAGCAGUGGAUGCAGAAACUCUACAGAAUGAACUGGACAAGGUGAAAGCCCAGCUAUCUAUGAAAGAAAAAGAGAAACGGGAUUGCCAAUGUAUUGUGGACUCACUGAGGGAAACUCUAGAUGUACGUAAUGCCACCAUUGAAUCACUUCAGAAGGCUGCAUCUGAUAUGGAAAUGCUGUGCUCUACUCUCAAGAAACAAAUGAAAUAUCUGGAGCAGCAGCAAGAGGAUACAAAGAGUGCAAAAGAGGAGGCCCGAAGACUGCGAAAUAAACUGAAAUCUAUGGAGAGAAUUGAAAUGUUGCUACAGAACCAACGUCCUGAAGUUGAGGAGAUGAUCCGUGAAAUGGGAGCGGGGCAGGCAGCAGUAGAACAGCUUGCCAUGUAUUGCAUCUCACUAAAAAAGGAAUAUGAGAAUCUGAAAGAGUCUCUGAAAGCAUCAAAUGAUGCAGUGGAGAAGCUGAGAAAGGAGCUGUUUUCUGCAAAUCACAAGCUACAGAAAACUGUUCUGGAUUUGGAGAAAACAAAAGAAGAAUUGAAAAGCACUCAAACAGAUCUGAGGAAUGCAGAUAAGGAGAUUGCGAGUUUGAAAAAAAAGAUUCGAGUCCUGCAAGAUACCAUAAAAGUGCCGUCAUUAACCAAUGAAGCACUCAGCCGGCUUGUCUCUGAGAGCCCUACUCCUGUAGAACUGCUGAAUCCAAAGCUCCACCGGCCAGCUCACAGUGAUGACAUCGACCUGAAUGCCACUUUUGAUGUGGAGACCCCAAAGCAUCAACCUCAUAAGACAGUUCCUGCUCCUGCCAAAAAAAUCAAACUGGAUAAAAAGUUGGCACCUGUGACAAAUCUAUCAAGAGCUCUGAAAGAAACUGCAGAGAACUGCUCAUGUGACACAGAUGAUGAGCUUCUAGAAGAUCUUCUUCCUGCUUUCAUCAGAAACUCUGUUCUGUCCAAGAGGACACCUAUGAAUAGAAUGCUGAUGCCACAGACGAACACAGGAAUGGUGAGAACUGGGUUUGAUGGCCUAGGAGGCAGAACCAGAUUCAUACAACCUAGUACACCAGCAGAGAUUCGGCCCCUGCCUGUGAAAACCAAAAAAAGAAAUGCGCCCAAGCGAACAGUGGCAACAGCUUCUGUUUCUGGCAUCAGUCAGACUAAACUAGACAACUUCCUUCUUCCUUGACUAUGGAUCUUUCUGUGGAUUUGAUAUUAAUAAUUUGAGGCCUCAAAUCAUCUUAUAUAGCUGACAGAUGACUUGGUGACCCCUGUGAGCUAGGACACGUGCACAAUGGGGAAAGGGGGCAGGAUGUGGAGUACUGCACUUAUCCUCGCUUGGGGUUCAUUUUGACACUUUUUUUUGGCUUGCGCAUGAAAGACUGGUUUUACUGUGCUGUGCUGCCAACCCUGAUGGACGGACUGAAAAGCUGCAGCUCCAGAAUAACUUAGGCAGUUGGUAUCUUAUGAGGUGGUUGUUAUAUAUUCUAGUCCUGGUGAACUAUAAGAACCUUAGCUUGUGGAACUUUGAUGGGGCGUCAUCUUGGGAGGGGAGUCACUUGUGAAACUAAAGCACACUAUUGUAGACAUGAAUAUUUUGGAAGUGCCCCUUCACGAAGAAGCACCUGCAGUUGUUGGCAUCUGUGCCAGACAUCUUCAUACUUCAUAAGCUUUGUACAAGGAGAGAAUUCUGUUUGCAUCUGUCAAGUUUUGAAGAUCCAUUCUGCAGCUGAACAACCAUCUGCUCAAGAAAAGAACUUAUGUAGCUUCUUCUGAUGUUAUCAGCAUAAGGUCAUGCCUUUGUCAGAAACCUUUCCUAGAUCUAUUCACUGUUGAUCCUCAUCAUUAGUGGCAGUGUUUGAUAGUUAAUGGCGUAGUUUUUGCCUUCCUUUUUGGUUUGAGGUACCAGCCCUCUUUAGAGUCAAGUAACCCUUUUUUUAAAGCAAUGUGUAUAUACUCCUGUCACAAAGAAUUUCCUGUCUCUAAAUAACAGAUUCCAUUGUGUCUAUUUAUAGUGGUGUGGACUAUAAUCAAGGAGAAGCGACAGCCUUACCCCCUAAGCUUGCAGGUAGAAGACGUCAUCAUUACUUGCUCUCCCUGUUCAGAAAUAUCUUGUGUGCUAAAAUUUGGAGAUUAAGGGCUGUAGCAGGCUUGAGUUUAAAAAAGCAAAACAUUCUAGUUCAAAUAUCUGACACUUAAAUUCAGUGAUAGUAUUUUUCCUCGAGUUAAUGAAGAGCUAUGAACAGAGAACUGCUUCUGAAGAAAACUUGAUUAGAUUGCUAUAUCUUGCUCUCUUAGCCUGUAUUUCUCAUUGGAUUCUUGUCCGGGACAUUCUGACCACUACCUAAAACAGGGUAGCUGUGUGGUGAUGUUCAUCCCAGAAUAUCUGCCUCUAAGGGCUUAUGGGAUAUACUUAAUCCAGAGUUGGUCUUGGAACUCUUUAGGAAACAAGAAAACUUGUAUAUAUAUAUAUAUUUGUCCAGGAUAGUAGCUGGUACCGUGUGUCUCUGCUUUAAGGUAUGGGGCAAAAACACAUUUUUAAAAAUAAAGUGAGAACAUUCUCUUCAUACCAUGGGAAGUUUUUUUCUAGAUAAAAAAUCAUUAUUUGCCUUAAGUGGUUCUGGCAGAAUGCACCUUCUGGCUUAGAGAAAGCCCAGUUUUCAAAGAAAUGUUGUAAAAAAGCUUUUGCUCAGCAUUUUUCAAUUUUAGAGUGCUACUAUAAUGAAUGUUCUAUAAUGAAAUGGAAAGCAAGGUACAGUCUUACCAGAUUAAUGAACAGAACUUGUGCUUAGAACUAACUGAACAUGUGCACUUUAUUUUGUAUACUUUAAAUGUAUAAAAUGGGCAUCAUAUGAUUAAACUGAAGUUACACCAGCCCUUGACAAAUUUCCUUAGGCUCUAGGAGCCAACCCAAACAUUUAGGAGCCAGAUUGCCCUCUGUUCCAUGUGAGGGAAGAGACUGACCCACUCCCCUGGUCACAUCAGUCUAAUUCGCAAUAGACUAACAUGAGGAGGGAGCAAGUUGCCUCUGCCUUGCUUGCCAUGUUGCUUGGGAAUUGUCCAGCCUACAGUUCCACAUAGUUAAGACCUUUAAACCAUUCUCCUUUGUUAAGAGAUUAUACAGAUAAUGUAUAAUCCAAGAGGCAAGGCUGUACCAUUCUCUCCAGGAAAAUAUUCCCAGUGCAGUGAUGAAACAAGCAUCAUCCUCACUGCUAUAUCCUGGGGAUUAGGAAAUACUGAAUGCUAUUAGAGCAGUUUCUUCCCAGUUACUAGGCCCUGCUGCUGAGUAUUGUUGAAGCUUCCAUUAGCUCAGAUGCAAGCCCCCAACCAUGACCAGGCACUAAAUAAGCACAAAAAUUGUAGGACUUAGGUCUCAGAGAAGAGAAGAAACUAUAGUCAUAGGAAGCUACCAUAUGCUGAGUCAAACCAUUGGUCCCAAGGAGGGAACUUGGAGCCUCAGGUGCUCUUCCCAAAGCAGCUCCAUCCCGAGGGGAAUGUCUUAAAAGUGCUCACACAUGUAGUCUCCCAUUCAUAUCCAACCAGGAUAGACCCUGCUUAGCAAAGGGGACAGGUCAUGCUUGCUUCCACAAGACCAGCUCUCUUUCCCAACAUGGAACAGUAGGUGGUGCUAGAAAACUAGGGGCACCAAACUCUGUGUCUCCUCUCCCCACACCUGCCAAGUAGGCAUGAACAAGAUGGGUUCCCUUUUGAAGCUCACAGUGAGACCCUGGCUUAGGCGUCUUGCAGAGAGCUCUAAACAGAAGGCUUCAGUUAUCCUUUUUUGAGUUCUAAAUGGAGUGGCUUGUACAUUGCAAAUCGAGAUCCAGCUGGAUAGCCAGACUGAAAGCUAGGUAGGCAGGCAACUAAUUAAAAGGCUGUGUCUGAAAUAGGAUGACCUGGUCACCAUUUUAUUAUUUGUGUGGAGGGGAGUUGGAAACAAGAUAACGAACAUGGACAUCUAGUCCAGCUUCAUCUGCAGUUAAUAUAUUCUUUGAAGGCAAAGAACCCAGCUGAUCACUUUUGUGAAAUAAAUACAGGUUAAGCUCCAGCUUGUACAUCAUUGUCCUCAUGUUCCCAAUCCUCUUCAGUAGAGUAGAGGGAUAAUAAACAGGACAGAACUCUUUCCUUUCCAUUACCUUGGAUCUCCUAUAAGCAGGGGAGGUGGAGUGCAGUGUUCCCUCUAAGGUGUGCACAGACACAUUUUUGGAUAUCCACUCAGUUAAUUUGAGUUCCUGCUCAAGUUGAAUCAGGAAUGCCCCCACUCUGAAUGCAUGUGUGCGCGCACUGCCUAAAUGCUGCCACCCAGAACAAAAUUCAUUACACACACACACACGGAAAAAAUUAGAACACUGCUCCAACAGGUGGGCCAGUCCUGAGACAUGGGGUCUGAGCAGAGCAGGGAUGCGCUCAAUGCUUCCAAAAGGCAUUGUACUGCCUUGAAGUGUGCACGUUUACACAUAUUCAAAGAGAAAUACUUGAUACUUGUGGUAACAUUAAAAAAGCUGACAUCUUGAGACUUGUUUUAUUUUUAGUGCUAAAGCCAUUUAAUUUGUAGAACAACACUUGACAGUUUGGAAUGUUUGCUCAAGGAUAGCUGUAGGAAACUUCCUCCUAUAGCUCAUGGCUGCAGUCAAAAGGUUGCUUUGGCAAAGGGCCUUAUCCUCACCUUGUUGCUCAUGCAUGUCCAUCUCAAUAGGGUCUGGUACUUAAAACAAGAAUAUUGGGGAGAAAAAUCUGCCCAGAGAUGGAAGUUGGAGGUGGUAUACAAAUUUGAACACCACAAAUAAAUAAAUCUGUGUAUGUUGCUUCUGUUCUGAACACAUCCACUUUUUUCCAAUGCUGUUUGGCAAUAAGGAGGCAUUGUAGCAUAAAGGUGAAUUGAGAUAAAAUUAUCAUGAGCAAAAUGGGAUACUCAAGAUA